ACGGGCCUCCUUCCAGUCGCGCCUGCGCAUUCGGCGACCGCCGCCUCCCCGUCCCCCCCUAGCGGAGGAACCAGAGACUUCAAGAUGGAACCAGUGGUAGAGCGCCCCUCAGAGAUACAGGAGGACUCUGUGGGGAAAGGGGAGGAGGACGAAGAUGAGGAGGAGGAUCACUCCGGCUCUAGCUUCGGCCCGGCCGAGGCGCUGGAGGACUUGACGUCCCAGGCGGAGGCCGAGAGCCGGCGCCACCGCUCGGCCCGGCGACGCCCCCCCUGCCGGAAGAGCUACAUCUGCAGCGAGUGCGGCCGCAGCUUCGACAAGUACUCCAACUUCAAGCAGCACCUGCGGGUGCACUCGGGGGAGAAGCCAUUCUCCUGCCGGGUCUGCGGCAAGGACUUCAACCUGCUGUCCAACCUGCGGCGGCACGAGCGGACCCACACCGGGGAGCGGCCCUUCUCCUGCCGGGUCUGCGGCAAGGCCUUCAGUGAGCUGUCGAGCCUGCGGCGGCACGAGAGGACCCACACCGGGAGCGGCCCUUCCCCUGCCCCUUCUGUGGCAAGGCCUUCAGCCAGUCCUCGAUCCUGGUGAUCCACCAGCGCACCCACACCGGGGAGCGCCCCUUCCGCUGCCCCGACUGCCAGAAGGGCUUCAGCGAGCCCUCCAGCCUCCGCAGCCACCGGCGCACCCACACGGGCGAGCGGCCCUUCCGCUGCCCGCAGUGCCCCAAGGCCUUCCGCCACUCCUCCAGCCUGCUGCA